AUGGAGGCUGAGCAGCCCGACGAGGCCCAAACCGCUUCCUUUACGCCUGCAACACGAAUUGCAGAAUUGAGCGAGAUCGACCGGUCCAUCUCUACACUCCUCUCUGCAGCCUCUGAUGCCGUUGGUAUCUUAUCAAACUCAACCGCUUCCGAAAAGCAGCAGACAGCUCUACGUUCAUCGUCCAGCGCACGAGCCGCGUUUUCAGCAGCCGCCGAGUCCUACUUUUCUACCCUCUCCUCGAUCGAAGUCCGACUCAGACGUCAAGUUUACGCGUUAGAAGAGGCGGAUCUUAUCAGGCCUGGGGAUGACAGAGAUACAAGAAGAGGCCGAGCUAUGGGUGGAGACAAUAACUUGACCAGAGUGGGCGGUGGCCCUCUCGACCCCAGCUGGCUCAACGCCCGAGCAAGUGACAGGGUAGAGGCGGGAAUGAAGCAAGAACUUCUGACUCAAGCAAAACAAUUUGUGGAACGAGCGGAAAAUGAAACGCCAAACGUUGGUCAGGACAAGCUUGUCGACGAGAAAGCCGAUAGUUGA